AUGCCGAAAAAGCAUCGCAAACAUACCUUUGCAAAGCCAGUCAGCCCUGCUCAUCAUACAUUAGUAUCCUCAGGCCGUAGCCAUCAAAAUGAUCCGUUUCGAACAUCGCAGGCUUCGUCCUCUUCCUCGUCAGCACCAUCGGUGAACGACCUGCUCAACCAUCUUCGUCGCACACAGGUAUCUCGGUCGCCUGAAGAUGGCGCAGGAAGCCCUUCCAGAUUCCUUGCUCCUCGAACCGUGCAUCCUUCGCUGCGAAACUUGCUCGAGCUCCCGGAGACCCCGCCACCCCGCCCCCGCCCGGAAGCACGGCGCGCGGGAGUCACCGGACGAAGACUGAGGAGGACGCCUGGACCACCGCCGCCCGAGAGCUGGCUUUUGGGCAGUCAAGAUGCAAAUACGGCCGACGGGGAUGAGGCGAGUGUCGCCGAGGCGGCGCACAUGGAACGAGUCAUCUAUCGGCUAGAUCGACUUCCGGGGACGACGUUCCCACGCAAGUCGGACUUGCUGCAUAUGGUUCUCAAAUCCAUGGCCUCGCAUUGGGCGUGGCAUAUUGAGUACGAUGGGGAUUUCUUGGCUGUGCUCCCCAGUCAUAUCAAGGUCUUGCUGCUGAGCUACAUCGCUAUUUACGCGAGGGAUCAACCUUUGGCAGGCAUGAUGCACGGACUAAGGCCGUUGAUCGAGAAGUCUGGUGCUGAGCACGCGGAAUCUGGAACUGGAAAUGAUUUACUCCCCGAUAGUGACCUGGAGAUCACGCGAUUGGAUCUUAGCAGUGCGCUGGGACGGUGGAUGACCAUGAAACAGGUUUCUCACGAGCUCUCCAUCUCGAAGAAGGCGGAACGGGAUCUUCCGCAACACAAGGCUAAAGGGGUUAUUCCUCAGUCGUGGGAAGAUUUAGAUGGCGGAGACGAGAUUCUCACCCCCAUACCCAAAGCGCCAACUCACGGUCUUCGCUUCGAAAACCUGCGCUUCCUCUCCUUGGCGCAUCCAAAACCCGCCACCGUCAACUGGAAUUCUCUCAUCGACCUCCUCUCCCGUCUAUCAACACUCACUCAUCUUUCUCUGGCACACUGGCCUAGCCCCACCAUAAUCCCUAACGCUAUCAACGCGCGAGUCAGACACCCAACCCAACGAUCCCUCACAUUCGCCUACGGCGGCACAGAUUCCUAUUCCGGGAUCGAAAACAACUGGGCCGAAGCAGCAGGUAUCCUCCGCAGACUCUCGCGCGUCACAUACUGCCUCAAAUGGCUGGAUCUCGAGGGUUGUGGUGACUGGAUCCCAGCGCUGAAUUGGGAAGGCAUGGGCCCGGACGGCGAGGCGCUCCUGACUGGCCCUGAAUGGAAUAGAUCCUGGAGGGAUAUUGAAUUCGUCCGCCUGGGCCCCGGAUGGCUUCCUCAUAUCGACGACAGUGAACUGGAUGUAUUGGCUGGUCGCCCGGGCGGGCGACCUCCUGUGUCCCUGUCUCGAUCGCUGACGUCAUCCAUGCAUGCGCCAGCACAAGCGGUGUCCGACUCUUCGGAUCUCCCAUGGGAUGUAGAGUUUGAGCGAAUCAAGUAUAGACGGGCCAAGGAGUUGGAACACUAUCGGGAGACGCAGCGUGCUGCGAAAGCGGUCCAGAGACAGGUCCUUCAAAUCAGGCAGGCCGGUCGAGGCAAGUGGGUGCAUUUUUCCUUUGGAUUGGAGGGGAUGGAUGAGGAUACGCUCAAGGGUUUACUUGGGCCCGAUUAUCUGAGCUUUGUCCAUUGA